UUGGAGGAAGUUUUCCGCCGGAAAAGCGACACUGAUUUAACGGAGCGCCGAAAACAGGACGACAAGAGGAAUUUGAAAGACAAAGGGAAUAAAGUAUGGCCUCUCCAGGUAGAAGUCGAAGUCCCAGUCCUGCACAGAAUGAACAAAGUGGACCUUCAGAGGACGAGUCCAGUCCAGCUGCAGAAAAGCCCCAACAGGCCGACUCGGCCGAGAAAAGCCCCAAAGAGAAGCCGUCCCCUCAGGCCAGUCCUGCGGGCCGUUCCCCCUCCAGGAGUCCCGCCUCCAGCAGCUCAGACGACACCAGCAGCAGUGAUGAUGAGGAUGAACAUCAGGGGGCACUGAGGAAGAUAAGAAGCAGCGUAGCUCAGAUUAAAAGAUCAAGAUCCAAAUCCAGGUCCAGAGAGCGAGACAGAUCCAUAUCCAGAGAGCGAGACAGAUCCAGGUCCAGAGAGCGAGACCGAUCAAGAUCCAAAGAGCGAAACAGAUCCAGAUCCAGAUCCAGGUCCAGAUCCAGAUCCAGAGAGCGAGACAGAUCCAGAUCCAGAUCCAGGGAGCGAGACAGAUCUAGGGAGCGAGACAGAUCCAGGGAGCGAGACAGAUCCAGGGAGAGAGACAGAUCCAGGGAGAGAGACCGAUCAAGAUCCAGGGGACGAGAAAGGUCCAGGUCGAGAGGACGAGACCGAUCUAGGUCCAGAGAGAGAGAUCGAGACCGGGGGCGCUACGACAGAAGACGCUAUGCUUGGGAUCGCUAUGACGAUCGCCGUGACGAUAGGGACGGGCGAUUUGACCGGCGGACCAAUCGAGAUGCCGAGUCAGAUCACAGGAGGCGAGGACGCUCAGGCUCCCCUCCAGCAGACGGAAAGCCGGAGACGGCGGAGGAGCCGCCGGUCAAGAAGAAGAAGGAGGAGAUCGACCCGAUCCUCACCAGGACGGGUGGAGCGUACAUCCCUCCCGCCAAGCUGCGCAUGAUGCAGCAGCAAAUCACUGAUAAGACCAGCCUGGCCUAUCAGAGGAUGAGCUGGGAGGCCCUGAAGAAGUCCAUCAACGGUUUGAUCAACAAAGUCAACGUGUCGAACAUCGUUCACAUCAUCCAGGAGCUGCUGCAGGAGAACAUCAUCAGGGGGAGGGGUCUGCUGGCUCGCUCCAUUUUACAGGCUCAAGCAGCUUCUCCGAUCUUCACUCACGUGUACGCCGCCGUUGUUGCCAUCAUCAACUCAAAGUUUCCUCAGAUUGGGGAGCUGAUCCUCAAACGCCUCAUCCUGGCCUUCAGGAGGAGCUACCGCCGAAACCUCAAGCAACAGUGCCUGACCGCCUCAAAGUUUGUGGCACAUCUCAUCAACCAGAAUGUGGCCCACGAGGUUUUGUGUCUGGAGAUGCUCACUCUGCUACUGGAGCGUCCGACUGACGACAGCGUGGAGGUGGCUAUCGCCUUCCUGAAAGAGUGUGGACUCAAACUGACAGAGGUGUCACCGCGAGGAAUCAACGCCAUAUUUGAGCGUCUCAGGAACGUCCUCCACGAGUCGGCCAUUGAUAAGAGGGUCCAGUACAUGAUCGAGGUGAUGUUCGCCAUCAGAAAAGACGGUUUCAAAGACCAUCCAGUGAUCCCAGAGGGGCUGGACCUGGUGGACGAGGAAGACCAGUUUACCCACAUGCUGCCACUGGACGAUGAGUACAACCUGGAGGACGUGCUCAAUGUGUUUAAGAUGGACCCGGACUUCCUGCAGACUGUUUCAUCAGAAAAAUACUUACAAAUUCUAUUUUCCGACGGCAGCGAUGAAGAUGAAGAAGAUGAAGAUGAGAACGCAGAGGAGGGAGAAGAUGAAAAGGUCACCAUCUUUGAUCAGACCGAAGUCAACCUGGUUGCUUUCAGAAGAACCAUCUACCUCGCUAUCCAGUCCAGUUUGGACUUUGAAGAGUGUGCUCACAAACUGAUCAAGAUGGAUUUCCCUGACAGCCAGACGAAGGAGCUGUGUAACAUGAUCCUGGACUGCUGCGCUCAACAGAGAACCUACGAGAAGUUCUUUGGCCUGCUGGCCGGGAGGUUUUGUCUGCUGAAGAAGGAGUACAUGGAGAGUUUUGAAGGGAUUUUUGCGGAGCAGUACGACACGAUUCACAGACUGGAGACCAACAAACUGAGGAACGUGGCCCGACUGUUUGCUCACCUGCUCUACACAGACUCUGUACCCUGGAGUGUGUUGGAGUGUAUCAGGAUGAGUGAGGAGACGACGACAUCGUCCAGCAGGAUCUUUGUGAAGAUCCUUUUCCAGGAGCUUUGUGCCUAUAUGGGCCUCCCCAGACUCAACCAGAGGCUCAAAGACCCGACUCUGCAGUCGUUCUUCGAAGGUCUGUUCCCUCGUGAUAAUCCCAGAAACACUCGCUUCGCCAUCAACUUCUUCACCUCUAUUGGACUGGGAGGACUGACGGACGAGUUGAGGGAACAUUUGAAGAACGCUCCCAAGAUGAUCAUGACUCAGAACCAGGAGGUGGAGUCCUCUGACUCCUCCUCGUCCUCUUCGUCAUCCUCUUCCUCAUCUGACUCCUCCUCCUCAGACUCCUCCAGCGAAUCAGAUUCCUCAGAUUCCUCCUCCAGCAGCAGCAGCAGCUCAGACUCAGACAGCAAACACAGGAGGAAGAAGAAGAGAAAAGAACAGGCCGACGAUAAAAAGAAGAAGAAAAAGAAAGUGGAGGACAAGAAGAAGAAGAAGGACAAACAGUCGGACAAGAAGCGAGGGGGACGCAAAAGUGACAAGGACGACGAUGACAGUGACGACGAGAAGCAGGCGAGGAAGGACAGGAAAGGCCGCGCACGUGAGGUGGAGGGGCAUGAUCGUGCACGUGAGGCUGAGGAGCGUGCACGUGACGGCGCCCGCCGGAGCAGACGAGACGAAAGAGAAGAAGAGGACGAGAGGCAGCAGCAGGACGAGAGGAGACGAAAAAUGGACGUUCAGAGCCGCCAAAGAGACAGAGACAGAGAGAGGGAGAGAGACAGUGGGAGGGACAGAGAGAGGGAGCGAGGGAGAGAGAGAGAGACAGAGGAGAAGAGAGAGAGGGAGAGAGAGCGAGAGAAGCCGAGGGACAGAGAGAGGAAUAAAGAGAACAGAGACAGGAACAGAGAGAGAGAGAGAGAGGAGAGGAGGAGGAGGUAAAACUCUUCAUCCCUCCGUGCAGAAGCAGCAGUGACGGACUGAUGACUGACAGACAAGUGAAGUCUCCGUCUUCUCCUCCUGUCCGUCAUCCCUCGUUUCUUUACCUCACCCUGUCACUCUGGUGUUUUGGAUUUGGGACCCGUCUCUCUCUCUCUUGCUCUUUUCGCCUGUCUCUGUCUUCAUCCUCCGUCUGUAUUUUCUAUUAAUGAAUUUUGUUGUUGAUAAAAUGCAAAAAAAAAAAAGAUUAAAGUUGAUUUAGAUGUUUUGUAAUCUGUUUCUGUUUCAACUGUAUUUUGUUUUACCGUGGAGUUUCAGGAAGCUGUCGGCGUUCAGCGACUCUCUUUGAACAUUUCUCUAGUUACCAGCAUCAAUAUAGACGUUUUUGUUUUUUUAAGUCACAUUUUGUUAGCUCCUCAAAGGUGCUCACACACUUGUGUUCAUGCCCUGAUGUAACAUAUAAUUAAAUGAUCUGUAUGUGACACUCAGAGCAUUAAUGUAGCUGCAAACCACUAUUUUCUGUGUAAAGAUUUCGUGGAUUAAUGGCGUCCUGAGCAGAGAAAGAAGUCACACUCCCUCCGUGUGUGUUGUACUCUGAACCUCACUGCUCUGUUGUGGUAGACGAUCCGCCUGCUUUUGCAAAUGAGUGCGGCUGAGUCCCUGUGGGUGCAUCCAACUGGCGAGGUAAUUGCCAUCGCUUUGCACUGUGCUUAUACUGCCUAUAAUUUGAAUUAAAUCUAAUUUAAAUGUUUUUAAUAUAGGAAUCACCGUAGGUACAUUUGCAUAAGUAUUAAAUUACACUCACUGGCCACUUUAUUAGAUACCCCUUGGUUGGACUCCUUUUGCCUUCAGAACUGCCUUAAUUUUUCGUGGCGUAGAUUCAUCAAGGUGCUGGAAACAUUCCUCAGAGAUUUUGGCUCAUAUUGAAAUCACGGCAUCAUGCAGUUGCUGCAGACUUGCUGAUUGCACAUCCAUGAUGUGGAUCUCCCGUUCCACCACAACUUCCGCUCACUGUAUAUUUUCUCUUUUUCGGAUUAUUCUCUGUAAACCCUUGAGAUGGUUGUGCAUGAAAUUCCUAGCAGAGAAGCAGUUGCUGAAAUACUCAGAUCUGUUUGGCACCAACGACCAUGCCACGCUCAAAGUCGCUUAAAUCACCUUUCUCGCCCAUUGUGAUGCUCAGUUU